AUGGUGCUGAUGAUCUCUGUGAAGAAUGCUUGUCAGAAUGGAUGGUUUUUGGAUGAAGAUUCCAAAGAACUUCUUAGUCUUGCUAACGAGAUAGGGAGCAGCUUCUGCAGUGGAAAUGAUAUUAACACCGAAGCAAGCAGUUCUCUCUCUGCUAUAUCAACUAUUAUGUCAAGAUUCUAUCCACAAAUGAAAAUGGGUCAGAUACUUGCUUUUCUUGAAGUCAAGCCUGGGUACGGCACGUAUCUGGUUGACUUUCAUAUUUCAAAGGAUGUGAAACCUUCUCCAGAAGAUAAAAUAAGGCUAUUUGUCGCUCAAACAGAUAAUAUGGAUACGUCUUCGUGUGUUAUAAGUCCACCACAAGUAAGCUUUCUGUUGAAUGGGAAGGGAGUGGAGAGAAGGACUAAUGUUUUCAUGGACACAGGACCGCAGAUUCCGACAGUUGUGAUGCAUAUGCUGAAAUAUGGAACAAAUCUUCUUCAAGCUGUGGGACAGUUUAACGGAAAUUAUAUAAUUAUGGUUGCUUAUAUGAGUUUGGUCUCAACUCAUGACUGUUCUGCCCUACCGGAUUAUAUGCAGCCUGCCAUUGCUGCGCUGGAUUCAGAUUCUGAGAUAAUAGAGGGGCCAUCUCGCAUAUCACUAAACUGUCCCAUAAGCUUCAGGCGCAUUGUAACUCCUGUGAAAGGAUGUUCAUGCAAACAUCUUCAGUGUUUUGAUUUUGACAACUAUGUGGACAUAAACUCGAGACGACCAUCCUGGCGCUGCCCGCAUUGCAAUCAGUUUGUAUGUUUCACCGACAUCUGUGUUGAUCAAAAUAUGGUCAAGGUUUUGAAAGAGGUGGGAGAGAAUGUUGCUGAUGUGAUCAUCUCUGCAGAUGGAUCGUGGAAGGCUGUCACAGAAACUGAGGAUCCUAGGGAUCAGCCACAUGAUAAGACCCCCAGUUGCAAGCAAGAUAGGCCUGCACAUCAAGAAUCAACUAUCUUCCUAAAUACUCCUCCUGAUAUUUUGGAUCUCACCAAGGGAAAUGAUGCGAUGGAUGCAGUUGGAACUUGUGGAACUGAAGACAGAAAACCUUUCCCUGCUAAUUGUCCAAGUAAAUCUCAUACUGAGAGCCUGACAAUCAAUCCAAACACCAAUCAUAUGAAUGAGGUUAAUCAGAUCAGUUCUCAUGCAGAGGAUGACUUUUGGUCAGGAGUUUUUUUGUCCACAUAUGGAUCGGGAACAUCCACUGCUAGGUCAGAUGUGCAAAUUACUGGUCGUGUUUCUGAGCCUGCUCCCACCAAUUAUAUGCUGUCUCCCGUAUUAACUGAUGCUGUUUCUCCUGCUCUUAAUCAUGAACUGGAGGCUUUUCAUGGAAAUGCUCUCCUUGCAACACCUGUACAGAACCAAAUUUCUGUUCCCAAUAAUAUGCAACUACAACAGUCGCAAUUCGGGAAUUCAGUUAUCAGCAACGAAUAUGGAAGGGUCCCAUCAAUACCCAGGCAUGUAAGCAGAACACCAAUUGCAGUUCAGGCUCUUCCAGCCCAGACUUCAACACCUGUAACCCAACAAAGAGGAAGAAAUAUUUUGAACAUCUUGCCCCACAUUGGGCCUUCUGCUGCUUCUGUGAGUUCUCCUGCUGUGCCAUCAAUUGGAGAUAGUUUUAAUACAGCAUCCAGUAAUGUGGAAAGGCAGCAACAAUUUUCUAGGUCUCAUUUGAAUUCACUUCAAUUGCCACACGCGGCCUCAUCUUUGUUGCAGCCGUAUUCGGGAACACAGCAUUGGGAUCAUCAAAAUCGCUCAUUCGUGCCUGGUCAACCAGCUCAACAGAUUGGUGGUCGUCCAGCUUCAAGUCAACUCCCAGGUGCUUACAGAAUUUCCUCAGCACUUCCAACCGUACUCCAAAACUCAAAUCAGCAGCUACCUUUGAACAUCAGGGUGCCCCAUGCCAUGAGCCAGUCUCCAAGUCUGGUGCGGUCGUCUGCACAUCUCCCACGGACUCAAAUUCAUCAAGGAGUAGCACCAACUGGAAUUGGUCAGACAACUGGUCUAAGUGAUAGCCAACAUACCCGGUUGCUAGUUGGUGCUCAGCGACCUGCCCAGAUGACUAGAAAUUCACCAUCUAUGCCAGCUCCUGCUCAAACAUCUAGAACAUCAUCUUUUUCAGUAAGUGCUGAUGGGUUUCGAUCAUCCCUGGGAGAGCAGCGAGGGAAUACAGGGCCAGUGCAACCAGUCACAGGAGCAGAUGGUUCGGUUGAUUUGGAAGCAGAACAGAAUUGGCGCCCUACAGGUAGGAUGCGUGGAAGCCUAUCUGGGCAGGCUUAUUCUGCUGCUUUAAGCCAAUACAUUAUUCAGCCAACCCAGCCCGUUCAAGCUGCUAGACCAUCAUCAACUAUGCCUGUGUUACCAUCUGGUGUUCCAUCCCAGUUGCAUACCCUUGUGGCAAAUAGCAGGAAUGCCAAUGCGCCUCCAGCAGUAAAUCAUUCAUCGACAGAGCCUGCUAGUAUGUCUGGAAGCUCAGGUGUUCUACCCCCGCAGUCUUUAGGGAUGCAUUAAUGGUGGAGGAUUUCAUCUGGGGAACCUUUAUAUAGCUGGCAUGACUAAUUUUGGUUGACAGGGUCAUUUGUACAGUUACCAAAUUUCAUCUGGAGGGAUGUUUAUUCAUGGUUGAUGGGUGUUCUAAUUUAGUUAGUCCUUUGUUUUUAAAUCUCGUUUAUUUCUCCUAUUGACAUUGGAGGUCAUGAUUGUUGGUAGUUAAUUUGGGAAAUUUUUGAGGGUUUGGAGAGCCUAUAUGUUUUUAUACAUACCAUGAAGUUUCGAAUACACCUAGUUGGCGGCAUGAAACAUUUA